AUGUCGCCCGGCGGGACAGGGCACACCCCCUGGCUGGGGCCGGGUGCUGCUAUGGGACAGCCAGACAGCUUGCGGGAUAUCACCACGGCAUGCCUCGUGCUCGGCCUGGCGGAGGCGGGCGAGCGUCCCUUGCUGUGCGGUCUGGCAUCGAUCAGCAGAGACUCGGACAGACUGAGAAGAGUCGGGGGCGAGGGGCCUGAUCGAGGGGCUGAGCCGGGCAUGGCACGGCAUGGGCUGCUGCAGGCUUUCCACCAGCGACACGCCGGGGAGUAUCAGACCGCGGGCUGGCUCGAGAGCAGUGCCCGCUAG